CUGGGCAGCGUGCGCUGGGCGACGGAGUGGAGUCAGCAGUCAGUUGACUGCGUCUCCCGAGCAGCGGCGAAGCGCGGUGGCUGGAUGUGGCGGGGUCUCCAGCGGGUGACGGCCAGAGCCAUGUCCGGGGGCGGCGCCUUCCGUCGCCAGCGCCCGCCGAAGGACUCGCUGCGGCACCUGCGCUCGCGAGAGAAGCGCCAGGGAGCCACGGGGCCCUUCCAGUCCUCGGGGCCCAGGACCGUCUUCUUGCAAGUGGCGGCGGCCGGGGCGCGGGAUGCGGGAGCCGCGCUCUAUGUGUUCUCCGAGUAUAACCGGUAUCUUUUUAAUUGUGGGGAAGGAGUGCAGCGCCUUAUGCAAGAACACAAGUUAAAAGUGGCUCGCUUAGACAAUAUCUUCAUCACCAGAAUGAACUGGGCAAAUGUUGGUGGCUUGUCAGGAAUGAUUCUUACCUUAAAAGAAACAGGGGUUCCAAAGUGUGUGCUUUCUGGGCCGCCACAGCUGCAAAACUACUUGGAGGCAAUCAAAGUAUUUUCUGGUCCAUUAAAAGGAAUUGACAUAGCUGUACGGCCCCAUUCUGAUCCAGAAUAUCAGGAUGAGACAAUGACAGUCUAUCAGGUUCCCCUGGUAGGCAAAAAGCCAGAAGUUGAGCAAAGGCUACAUCCAAGGCCUGAGUCGCCAGCUGGUGAGGCUGAACAAAAGUGCCUCGCAGGACGGGGAUCUCCCUCUGUGGAGCAGCAGUCUGUGCAGGGUGGCAGGAGUAAAGAAUCCCCUGAGAAAAUGGAUGGUAGCUGGCGUAUCGGUCAGAGGGACCCAUCACUUGUCGUUGCAUUCGUUUGUAAGCUCCAUCCAAAGAAAGGGAACUUCUUGGUGAUGAAAGCAAAGGAGCUUGGCUUACCUGUGGGCACUGCAGCAAUUGCUCCCAUCAUAGCAGCCGUGAAAGAUGGAGAGAACAUCACAUUUGAAGGCAGAGAGAUCUUGGCUGAAGAAAUUUGCACACCUACAGACCCAGGAGCAGUUUUCAUAAUAGUGGAGUGUCCUCAUGAAGGUUUUAUAGAUGCAGUCUUUGAAAAUGACACACUGCGAAGGUAUCAAGAAGGAAAACAGGAGACUCCUGUGGCUUUAGUUGUUCAUAUAACUCCAGAACGUAUUCUGAAGGACAGCCGGUAUAAGAAGUGGCUAGAAAGAUUUGGAGCCAGUACUCAGCACUUGAUACUCAACGAGAAUUGCCGUUCGGUGCACCAACUCCGCAGCUACAAGAUUCAGACCCAGCUCAACCUCAUCCACCCAGAGAUCUUCCCGCUGCUUACCUGCUACAAUAGCAAGCAGGAAGAAGAGGCCACGUUCGAUGUACCUGUCACACGCGGAGAGUGCCUCCUCAAGUACCAGCUGAGGCCCAAACCAGAAUGGCAGAGGGAGGCUGUUCUUGCUUGUAAUCCUGCUGAGUUUGUAGCUGAAGCCUUGGAACUCCCUCACUUCCAGGAUUGUGUGCAGAAGUGCAAAGAGAGCUUACCAGCCUCAUCAGGAACCACUGGCUCCUACCCAGAAGUUGUUUUCUUAGGAACAGGCUCUGCGGUCCCAAUGAAAAUCCGAAACGUUAGCUCUACCCUGAUAAACCUUAGCCCUACCCAGUCUCUGCUUCUGGAUUGUGGUGAAGGAACAUUUGGCCAGCUUUGCCGUCAUUAUGGAGAUGAAAUUGACCGAAUCCUGUGUAACAUUGCAGCUGUGUUUGUGUCUCAUAUACAUGCUGACCAUCAUACGGGCUUGUUGAAUAUAUUGUUGCAGAGACAUCGGGCAUUUAUGACCCUGGGUCAGCCCUCCAGCCCGCUGUUGCUGGUUGCACCCACAUUGAUCAUGACAUGGCUGCACCAGUACCAUGACCAUUGCCAAGAAAUCUUGAGGCACAUCAACUUGAUUCCUGCACGGUUCUUAAUAGAAGAUUGUGAUGUAUUUAAACCUAAAGCAAAGGCUUUCAUUAGAUUGCUUCUGGAGAAAUACGACUUUGCAAAGUUUCAGACAUGUGAGGUCCGGCACUGUAAGAAUGCCUUUGCUUGUUCCAUGGUUCACAAAUCUGGGUGGAAAAUAGUAUAUUCUGGUGACACUAUGCCAUGUGAUGCUUUAGUCGAAAUGGGGAAAAAUGCUUCUCUGUUGAUACAUGAAGCUACACUGGAAGAUGGGUUAGAAGAGGAAGCUAUAGAGAAGACACACAGUACUACCUCCCAAGCAAUUGGAGUUGGGAUGAAGAUGAAUGCAGACUUCAUCAUGCUCAAUCACUUCAGCCAGCGCUAUGCCAAAAUCCCUCUCUUCAGUGAGGAUUUCAGUGAGAAAGUUGGAAUUGCAUUCGAUCACAUGCAGGUGCGUUUUGGCGAUUUUGCUGCUAUUCCAAAACUGAUCCUGCCGUUGAAAGCCUUGUUCGCAGAUGAGAUUGGGGAGAUGGAAGAGCGGAGGGAGAAGCGGGAGCUGCGUCUCCUCCAAGAGGCAAUUAAAGCUUCGGAGGCCCGGACUGUUGUUGAGAACAAGGCUCCAGCCAAAAUGAAAUUGGAACACACUGAGGAUUCUCACGGAGCGCCAAACAAAAAGCUAAAAACUCUCAGCUGAGCACAGCAGCAGACAGCUGCCUUUGUGCCUUUCUGACAGGGAGAGUGACUUAUGCAUGACAUGUGGUAUGCACGGCACGGAAGAUUCUGGAAGGCAGCUGCACACUUGAGCUUAGCCAAACUUGGUUGGCCUCUGGUAAAUUACCUGUGCUGCUUCUACAGGUGCAAUUCCCGCUGGACAUAUGACUAGCUCAGCUGACAAAAUGUGCUUCCUGGCUACAGCGUGCAGAUCUAGUCUAAUGGCUUGUCUGACUGUUUGCUAGAAAUAUUUUUCCUUUUUUAUAAACGUUGAGGCAGAUAUCAGCAAAUGACGGGGCUCCUAACUUGUGGUCCAUGGAGCUUCAGGUAAUCUGUGGUGUGUCUCUAAAAAUGCAGUAAAAAAGCAUGCAUCGUCUAGCACACUGCGUUACAAUUGCUACAACAGGCAGAAAAAUCACUAAGUAGUCCACCAAGACCCUCAGCAAUUUUCAGGUUGUCUGUGGAAGCAGGGGAGUUUGGCAACCACUGAUUUAGACAAAGGGAAAUCAGGAUAUUUUAACAAAUGGGGAUAGGACCUCUGGAAUAAGGGGUGAUUCUGUCUAUUUUGCGACUUCCUAAAUAUUUAUCAUUUUUAGUGGGGAAAUACCUCACUAUGGAAGAGGAUGUGAUGUGAUGUGUUGUAGCUAUGCUUGCUUGCAGCAGUAAUACAAGAUACCUAGGUUACAUCUUGCAGAACUCACCACCACUUUGGUAUUUGCAGCAUUGAUGCUGUAGGUCAUUCUUCCUUGUAUUUUUUUAAAAUAAGGGAACCAGUAAAUCAUAUUUACUAAUUA